AUGAUUGAUGCAAUUUGUCUGUCUUUGGCUCAAACGUUGAGCUUGCUGGCUGCAUGGCGAUCAGGGGAGAAGGUGGAGACGGUGGCCAAGCGGUUGGAGGAGACAUUACGGGGGUUGGAGGGCGAUGACGGUUUGACUAGUAGUUGUUCAUUGUCGACUAAAGACAGCAGUCGUGAGUGGAGUGUUCCUUUUCGAGGAGUGGAAGGUGGUGAGGAUAUGCGCGGUGCAUUGUACAAUUCGGCGGUUUAUAACUACUGCUUGGACCGUUUGGUGGAAGAUCGUGCGGAUCAUUGUCGACUGCGACGACUUUCGAGCAAGUUCUGGAGUUAUGGGGGUGGUGCAUCCCGGUCGCACACGGGCAUGGCGAAAGCUGUGACCAAAGAUGCGGAAGAAGAAGAUGCGGUGCGGCCAGGUGCCGGGUCUGGGGUGGGGCCAAGAGGUGCUGUGGGGGAGCCGACUACACCGCACUUAAGUCGUUCGACUCUGCGUUCGGAAAUUUUGUCAAAGGCGUCACCUCCAGCUGCGCGCGCCUCUACGUCGACCAAGGUGUCUCCAGCGGCAUCACCACCACUGUUGGCAUCACCACCACUGUUGGCAUCACCACCACUGUCGGGGUCGCCGUUAUCCAGCAAAGUAUCAGUCAGCGAGCUGCUGCCGAGCGCGCUGGUGACGACUAAUUCACCGAACAACAAGGCUAUACUAAAUGGCCAAACUGGGACGGAGGACCGGGGCCGGGUCCUGAGUCAGGGUCGGAUUCGGAUCCUGGAGAAAGAAAAAUAUUUGUUGAGUGAAGAAUUAAGGAACAAAAAUAUAAUAUGUCGGGAUCUACGCUUUCAAUUGAAUCAGUAUCACUUUCUGUUCGAGUGUGUGCACACAUGUUUGGCCACGGACGACACCUCCACGGAGGGCGUACCAGGUCUUAUGAUGGCGGUAUUGCGGGGCGAUGUAGUCUACCAUGCGUCGGUGCGACGUGCAGUAGAGAAAGUGAUUUUGGCAAAGUGUGAAAAUCGAGAUCUCAAACGAAAGCAAGAAUUGAAUAAAAAGACCCUAUACUCACCCACUCCGCCUCUUUACCAACGCCAGGCCAGCGAACUGAACCUUAGCGCCAGACGUACCUCGCGACCAAACUUCCUCCUCGCUGCGGAAUGGCCUAUCAACCAUCUCAUGACUCCUAGCGCCGGAGACGCAACGCCCUUUUACAGACCCCUAGAUGGACGACCACUCGAUGGACGACCACUCGAGGCGAGAACGCCGCAGGUUCCCCGUAUGCCACUCGAUCUAAGAAGCCCCGUACCGCAUAGCUACUCUGACCGAGUAGGUAGCAUGAUCGGUGACAGACUGGGUCUCAGCCAAGGCGAACUGACUGCAGGCAACUCGAAUGUUUUGUUUAGGUCACCUGCCGCUGCUGACGACCUCGCGAAGAAGGUGUCUGAGGAACAAUAUAAUCGAGCAGGUGAGUACUCCCAACAUGACGAUGGUCCACCUCAACAAGAGGGGCAACCUCAACACGAGACUGCGCACCAAGGGCAGGAGGGACGGGACAGACAUUGGUCGCCGGGACGGGAUGGCCACCGACAUUCGUUGUACGUCGACGCCAACGAGUCGUACAUGAGGGGCUAUCUUGGCAUCACCGAUUGCCGUUCCCCUGCACAUCUCUCCCCUAAUGUCACUGAACAAACAUCCGCACUUGCAUUGGAGGACAAUGUUUCUUCAGGAGCCGAAUGGCCGUUCCGGAAGAGCCUAGACGCAGGGCUUAUAGCCAACGACAUUGGAUGGGACAUGGCAGCCAGCAGCGCAAGUCAUCAUCACGACAGUGUCCAUCAUUUCAGGUAG